CGUGGUUCCUCGAGUCAGUCUCGUUCGGUCCGUGGUCGUGUGGCGUAGCACGGUCGGGUACCUGUCUGCGUUGGCGCGUUGAUGCCAUUUGGGUCGUUGUCGCGCUGGUGCUCGUACCUGGGACACGUCGAGACCCCUUUUUGGAAAACGGAUCUUGCCGCGAGAGCUCUAUCCGUUGGCCAACCAGCGUACAGGCGGCGUUCGCUAAGGGAUGAAGUAACGUCGCACGAGACAGGAUCGAUCGUACCCACGUUGCUUUCGUUUUCACUCCGCCGCACGUGCGCAGACCAUAGUUGAUUCGUCUCGGCUGCCAAAAGCGCUACGCAAGCACAAAAAUGGAAAACAAUAAAUCGCCAACGGAGAUGGACACCUUCCUGCCUCAGGACGGGUCCGUCAUGAAAGACGGCGUGUUUUCGUCCAAAUAUAAAGUACAAGUAGCUCCGAGAGGAGAUCUGGAGAGCGCCGCGCAAGGAGAGGGCAAAACAUUUGAUCCGUUCACCGAAAGAAGAAUCGAUAACCCGACAACGGACUGUGACACGUUAACGCAUUUAUUGAAGGCCUCGCUCGGCACUGGUAUCCUAUCUAUGCCGAUAGCUUUCAAGCAUGCUGGUCUCCUUGUCGGUGUCUUCGCUACGAUCUUGGUGGCAUUUGUUUGCACACACUGCGCGUACAUUUUGAUAAAAUGCGCGCACUUCCUUUAUCACAAAACGCGUCGAUCGGAAAUGAGCUUCGCGGACGUGGCGGAAGUAGCGUUUUCCACGGGACCAGAAUGGGGAAGGAGGUUUUCGAAGCCAGUUAGGUAUCUAAUUCAAAUUAGUUUAUUCGCAACGUACUUUGGCACCUGCAGCGUGUACACAGUGAUAGUUGCAGCGAACUUUAAUCAAAUCAUCGAGCACUAUGCGGAUGUGGCCGAGGGCGAAUUUAGUAUAAGAUUAACGGCCGCCUGUCUGUUGAUCCCCAUGAUAUUGCUCAGUUGGAUACCGAACCUGAAGUACCUCGCGCCUGUCUCCAUGAUAGCCAAUAUAUUUAUGGGAACAGGUUUGGGAAUUACGUUUUAUUACUUGGUAUGGGAUCUUCCGCCUUUGACGUCGGUACCGUUGAUGGCACCUAUCGCCGGGUUCCCGCAAUUCUUCAGUAUAACCGUCUUCGCCAUGGAAGCGAUAGGUGUUGUAAUGCCGUUGGAGAACAACAUGAAAACACCGCAGCACUUUGUCGGAAUCUGCGGUGUUCUCAAUAAGGGAAUGUCCGGGGUUACUCUUAUAUACAUUCUGUUGGGAUUUCUGGGCUAUGCGAGAUACCAGGAAAACACUUUGGACAGCAUCACGCUGAACUUGCCCACGGAAGAAAUACCGGCGCAGGUUGUAAAGAUCUUGAUAGCCCUGGCUGUUUAUUGUACGUUCGGUCUUCAAUUUUACGUAUGCCUCGAUAUCGCAUGGAAUGGUAUCAAAGACAGAUUCCAGAAGAAACCAGUCCUGGCCAAUUACGUUUUGAGAACAGUUAUGGUCGCGGGAGCAGUUCUAUUGGCUGUAAUCGUGCCGACUAUCGGGCCCUUCAUCGGAUUGAUCGGUGCAUUUUGCUUUUCUAUACUGGGACUCCUGAUACCGGUGUUCAUAGAAACUGUAACGUACUGGGACGUUGGUUUUGGUCCAGGAAAUUGGGUGGCAUUGAAGAACAUCGUCAUAUGCAUCAUCGGUUUCAUGGCACUAGUGUUUGGAUCUCGUAGCGCGCUGAUAGAUAUCGUAAAUUUGUACAGUUAAAAGUGGGUGUCCGUAGUACGAUUUGUACAUAUUCCAAAUGCUCCAAACGAUAAACGUUUGAAGAUACACUUACAAGAUUCGUAGGAACUAAAUUUCUGAUAUUUUUAAGUAGACAAUCACGAAUGAUGCGUAUCAUUUGCAAUAACUUAUUUUCCAAAAGCACCUUGGCGAUGAGAAAUUGUAUCAGAAAUUUACUUGCUACUCAUGUGCCUAUAAGUGAGUGCUCCGAUAAGAUACAAAGAAACUAUUUCGUUACAAAGAUUGCUUCGGUUGCUAUGCAAAGACGAGCCAAAACACCGAUGUUCGGUGUACUCUAAACACGAUUCGAAAUAUGCCUCCACGCCUAAAUUUCUAAAAUUAUAUCAUGGGAGAAUAAAAUUAUGUAAUUACGAUCGGUAUACUGAGUAGGUGAUGCAUUUCCGAAUGCUAGUAAUCGUCACGUUUACAAUGUUCAUUCGAUAGGAGGCAUAUACAGACUGAGAAAACCAUUGGCAGUAUUCGAGUUGUAAAGAAAUACGUUGCAACAGAGAAUUGUUAAUAUUUAAAAGAAAAAACUGGAAGAUUAA